AAUCUAGUCAGUGGUGAAUGGCGCGUGCACUCGUGACUGCGUGGAGAGUUGUUCGCCGGAAUCGUCGCGGCGGCUAUACAAGUCGUGCAUCAUGAAUACAAGCCGAAUGAAAUGAGUGCUGGCAUGGGAUGCGAGGGCGGUCCCUGCUGCUUGCUUAUUGUGGGCGCGUGUGAUGCUUGCUCGAUUGAGCACGUCGGGAACUGCUGGCCUAAAGCUCCUCUUCGAUUCGACGGGCGCACCCGCGCGGAUCCGCGGGUCAAUCAGUUGAUGGCGCAUGGACGCGACGACGGCCUGGACCCGGUCCCUGAAUUUGGCGUCAUAUUGACAAGCAUCAGAAACAAGAUGGAUGUAGUCAGGAGUAUUUCAGGAGUAUCAGAGCAGUGGUAGUGGUAGCACUACUGGCAGAGUGGUGAUAAUCUUGAGUCUUGAGUAGUAUGGCCGUAUACAUAGCAUCCGCACAGAUCGACGCAGCACAUAUGCAUAUAC